CCUGCAUGCUUGCUUGAGUCGCGAUCGCGAGAAUAGUUUAGGAGCGCGCCUCCUUGGCUUUCCCCUCGAUCCAUAUCCAUCAACUGGCCUCACCGUCGAGAGGUCAACAGGGACCCCGCCGUGCCGAACUUGUCGACGUCGCGCGCCGCGGAUGGGGUCGGAUGCCUCCGCCGCUGAGGUUGACCUGCUCCGGUCGCAGAUCCCGUUCCAGAGCGACGGCGAGCUCGUCCUCCCGCCGCUCGACGGGGCCGGCGUUGGGCUCGUCCUCGUCGACGUCAGCAACGGCUUCUGCACCGUCGGCGCCGGGAACCUCGCUCCUGCUACACCAAACAAACAGAUAGAGAAGAUGGUGGGAGAGGCUGCUAGGCUCGCUAGGCAGUUCUGUGACAGAAGCUGGCCAAUAUUUGCAUUUCUGGAUUGCCACUUUCCAGAUAAGCCCGAGGAUCCGUUUCCACCUCACUGUAUCAUUGGUAGCGGGGAGGAGAACUUUGUUCCAGCUCUGGAGUGGUUGGAAAAUGAGCCGAAUGUGGUUAUAAAGCGGAAACAUUGCAUCGAUGGCUACAUCAGCUCCAUAGAGAAGGAUGGAUCCAAUACCUUUGCUGAUUGGGUUGGGAAACAUCAGAUCCAAACCAUCUUGGUGCUAGGAAUAUGCACAGACAUGUGUGUCUUGGAUUUUGCAAGCUCUGCUCUUGCUGCUAGAAAUAUUGGUCGAGUACCUCCGUUACAGGAUGUUGUGAUUUACUCUGAGGGGUGUGCUACAUAUGACCUUCCUGUUGAAAUUGCUAUGAAUGUGAAAGGAGCUUUGGCCCAUCCACAGGACUUAAUGCAUCAUGUUGGGCUUUGCAUGGCCAAAGGAAGGGGUGCAAAAGUAGUUGACAGGGUAGUCUUUGAACCAUCUGAGUGACUCAAGAACUUAUCAUUGUUCCCAUAUGGCAUAGUUUUUUUCCUUUUCUCGUUAUCUUUGUAUGUAAUGACUAAAUUUGCACUUAAUUAGCGUGUAAUUUAAAGUGAGGAUGGAUUUAAUUUUCA